UAUAUAGAGUUCUCGACAGCUCUCUCGCAGUGGAACCAUACUCGAUAUUUUACUUUCGUCGAUGUUAUCAAACGAGCUAUGAAUUUUAUGUGCACGAAUUAACACUAGAAAAACGAUCACACUCAUAACGUAAAUUGUACACGAUACAAGGAACACCAAUUUUUACGUAUAUUUGAGAAUCGCUAUUGUUUAUUUUAAUAUCUCUAACCUAUAAGAGAAAUGAAAAAUGUGUUGGAAAAGCGGCGGAAAGGAGGAUUAUUAGCACGGUGCUGAAUUGCGUGAGAUUCGGAGAAUAGGAUGGUCUUGCAAAAAGUUGGCUGUGAUUUCGUAAAAAGUUUCCGACAUGUGUGCAUACGAACGAGCGAACCUCGCGGUAACAGGAGCUUCCAGCGAUUGUACAUGGCAUUACCACGACUUACACCGCAAGAGGUCACAAACGUUUUGCAAGCUAACGAGUAUACUAAAGAAUUCUCUGGUUCGAGUUCUAUAAAAUAUUAUGAUUCCAAUCAGUUGGCAUCGAAUAAUCCUAUAGAAGAUACACGAUCGGAGGCUCAAUGUCUGUUGACAAAAGAUGUCCGCAGAUGCACUUGCAAUAAUAAAAUUUCCAAUCUCUUAUUCAUAGGUAUAUUAUUGGGUGUUUUCGAUGGUCAUGGUGGUGGUGCUUGUGCACAAGUGGUGUCAAAAAGACUGUUCCAUUAUAUAUCGGCAUGCUUAUUACCACCAAAAUUGCUGCAGCAAUACUUGAAUUCCAUUGGUUCCGACAGAAACUUAGCAUUACUUGAAACCUUCAAUGACAAAGUAGAAUUUGUAGCCGAGAUCAGAGAUCUUUACCAAGCUAGUUUUUUAAAUUUUGUAAAAGACUUGCUACAAUCGGAUACCCGAAAAGAGUUUCAAAUGGAAAGGGCUCUAGAAAAUGCGUUUCUCAGAUUGGACAAUGAUCUGUCGAAUGAAGCUCUAUUACAACUGAAUAGGAAAGACGCGGCGAGAACUCUCGCUGUCGCAAUGUCGGGUGCGGUGGCUGCUGUGGCGCACAUAGAUGGCCCUCAUCUGCACGUCGCUGGUGUCGGUGAUUGUAAAGCCGUUUUAGGAGUACUGUCAGAAAACGAUGGAUGGUCAGCUAAAAUGAUGACGGUAGAACAUAACGCUGAUAAUCGCACUGAGGUAGAAAGAAUCUUAUCGGAGCAUCCGUCAAACGAGAGAUCGACUGUAAUUAAAAUGGAAAGACUGCUCGGACAAUUGGCGCCGCUUCGCUCGCUAGGGGAUUUUCGCUACAAGUGGAGUAAAGACGUCAUGAAGAGAGUCGUGGUGCCGGUUCUCGGGGAGACGGCGAUUCCGUCGAAUUAUCAUACGCCGCCAUACCUAACGGCCAAUCCAGAAGUCAGGUAUCACAGACUGACACCUAGGGACAAAUUUCUCAUAAUUGCCAGUGAUGGAUUGUGGGAUCUUAUUUCGCCCUUGCAAGCUGUGCGCUUGGUGGGUGAACAUAUGAGCGGCAAAGUUACGCUCAGUCCAUUGAGAUUACCCCGUAAAAAUAUGAAAUUGUCGGACAUAAACGAGAUGUUGCUGCAACGCAAGGAAGGCUUGAAGAAGAAACCUCUCGACAGCAAUGCGGCGACGCAUUUACUAAGGAACGCUCUCGGUGGAACAGAAUACGGAAUAGAUCACGCCAAGUUGUCGCAAUUGUUAACUCUGCCGAGCGAAGUGGUACGGAUAUUUCGCGACGACAUCACCGUAACAAUUGUUUACAUGGAUUCGGAAUUUCUUAGGCAUUGUCCUCCCUAAAGCUGUCGCAAUUUCUCGCUAUUUUUCGAUACUGCUGUAAAUCAUCUAUUUGUAAAUCAGUAUACAGCUUGUUAUUUAUUUAGUUAACAAUAAAAACAAUUUACAUGAAAA